AUGGCGGACAAYCAAAAUGGCGAACAGAAAGAGGGGCAAAAACAAGACGAACAGAGGCCUGCAUCGGCUGUUUCUAAAGAAUCUGGCGGUUCAAAGAAGUCUAUGGGAGAUGCAGUCAGUAAAUUAACGGUAAAAGCCUUGAAAGACUUUCGUUUGAGUGACCCGAGCGAUGCUGAUGGAGACACCACUGUUACCGGUGGCGAGAGUGAAGGUCUCGUCCCUACGGCYAACUUUAACGUGGAUUURCCCAGCCUUGGUUUMCCAGAAGGUGGACAAACACUUUUAUCAGAUAAUGUAGACUUUGGUGCCGGUAUYGCUGAUACAGACGAUGGCGAUGCUGGCGAAGGAGARGAAGAGGCCGGCCAUGAAGACAACCUGAGCGACGAUGACUCGGAAGGUGAAAGUGAGAUGGUUGUACUUGAUCCAGAUCAUCCAYUGAUGAUGMGRUUCCAAGCAGCAUACAAGGCACAUCUGUUGAAACAAGAAGAGAAACUAGUCCUUGAACAAAGAGAACUGGAUGAAGCUCUGAAAACUCAAAAACGAGAAAGAGAAGAGCUUGGAGUUCAGCUUUACGGAGUACAACAAGAGCUUGCCAGGCAGCAAAUGCUYCUAGAGAAAGAACAUGACAUCUUUAACAAUGAAAACCAACAACGUGGUCAAUGUGAACUCUCACUUAGUGAAAUCAAAGAUCUACACAAACAAAUCAUUGACGAUCUUAAUCACAACAGGAAAAGAGCAAUUGAACUAAGGACAGAGGUAGAAAACAUCACAGCAAGAUUGCAUUACAUGGAAGAAGCAAAAGAAGAUGUUCGUUCAGAUAUUGCGGUAAUGAGGAGGGCAGCAGAAAAAGCUGACGUGGAGGUUGUGAAGGCAGAAAGUCAGAAGAAGAAGCAGGACUUGUUAGUUGAUAUGUUGACCCAGAGAGUAGACCAUCUCCGUGAGGAAAUCAAUAUGUAUGAGGCUCAGUGUAUUGCCCAAUCAGAAGAGACUAAAGCUGCUCAGAAAAACCUGUCAGAGGCAUUAACAGAGAUUGAGGCAUUGCAUUUGGAGCAGAAGCAGCUACUGCAACAGUGGAAUAGCAGUUUGAUUGGAAUGAGAAGAAGAGACGAAGCAUAUGCCGCUAUGCAGGAGGCUUUGACGCUUCAAAGGCAGCGUAUCCAAGCCAUUGAAACUGAGAUUGAAGGUUACAAGAAGUCCAUCAGCAAAGCACAGGAACAAAAUGAGCAGAUAACACUUUUACAGAACAAAAUAGAAGGGGAUAUCUCAUUUGUGAAGAAACUGAUGUCCAUCAGUAAGACAAAGCUAGAAGCACURAAGACAGAGUACAGUACCUAUACAAGAACACUACAUCAGACUGAACAGCAGCUGAACAGAGCACAGACUGAUGUAGUGCUCAAAGAAAAUGAACUCACAGCACUCAGAAAACAAAUCGAACGCGAAUUCUUAGAGAAAGUUGGUCUUGAAGAUGCCAUCAUGGAAAAGCUAAGAACCCAGCUGACGAUGGACAAAGCAACACGAUAYACAAAGAAAAUGACAGACAGAUUACGCCGAAGAGCUACAGAACUGGAAAGUCUGGUAGCUGAAGUUGAAAAUGAAAUUUCUCGCGACGUUCUUGAAAUAACAAACGCCAACACGCGCAUUAAGCAACUCAAAGACGUCAUGAACCAGCUCAAUGCCGAAAUCCACCAAAAGAAUGAAGACAUCUCGAAAAUWGAGGGAGAAAUUGUCAAAAGAAAUGCCGUGAUUGAGAGGAAACAAGGCACUAUUGAUCAAUUUAACAAGAAAAUCGAUCAGAUUAAGAGUAGUACAGGGGGCCAAGAGCUUGGGCCUUUGGAACUUCAGAUUCAUACACUUCAAAAACAGGUCGAGGCAAGGAUGAACGACAUCAUUCAGCUACAGCAGUACUGGCUAAGAAGCCAAAGCGAACUUGUAAAAACUAUCAAAGAUGUGCAACAACAAAACCAAGAUAUGGAGUACGUUAAAAAACAAUAUACUAUUCUACAACAGAAGAAACUAAGGAUUGAAGGUGAAAUCAACUCCCACAAUAAUGAAAUAGCAGACAUCAAUCGUAACAUUCGAAACAUGCAGAAUGACAUGAUCAAGCUAAACACAUUGAUCACUAAAGAACAUGGCUAUAAGGAGAACUUAGCACAGGAAAACACUUUAAUGGAAAGUGACUUCAUACAGUCGCUACGGGAAGCUGAACGAGAGUCCCUUGAAAUGCAAGGACAAAUUGAGGCGUUGACCGAGGAAAAGGAACGUCUAUUGAACAGUCUUGUCGAAGCUGAGCGGCAAAUCAUGCUAUGGGAGAAAAAGACACAGCUAGCCCGUGAAGCAAAGAAUGCCGUGGAUGCGGACUACGGCCAAGGUGAAAUUCAUUCUAUGAAAGCUGAAAUACAUCGUAUGGAGGUUCGCUAUUCCCAGUUGAUGCGUCAACAGGAGAAAAUGAUCCAGGAUAUGGAGAAGACAGUCGUACGAAGAGAGACUAUUAUCACUAGGGGGGAYGCACAAAGUAAAAUGGGCAAAACUGUCAACACAAAAGGGUCGUUACAGAAGAAACUCGUUGAGAUGAAGAAGAAAAUCAAACAGACAAACAAUGAUGCAAAUGACUGUGAUGGUGAAAUACAAGCCCUUCGAGAAAGCCAAAUACACGUCAGUCGUGACCUCGAAGAAAAGCAAGUCACGUGUCAGCAACUCCAAAGCCGAGUCGAAGAACUGGAAACAGAUAUCGAUAAAAUGGCUGAAGAUCGUCAACGAAAUCUAGCGGAUAUCGUCUCAAUGCAACAGAAAGUUAAGUACUACAACCAGUUGAAAGAAGGCCGAUAUACCUCCCUUUGCAAAACACCAGAAUCACUCGAAACUGAGAUGCAAAAACAGCGAGACAGAUUACAGUCGCUUAUGACGAUUGUUGAUAAGCUGAACCAAGAGUUUCCUCAAGCACAGCAGGCUCUUCGUAAGGUCACUCUCUCGCUCAGUGAACGAGGAGUUCCCGAAGAUCAGUAAUGUACCGAAGAGGAUCCGUGUGUUUUCCGAAGAAUAGUCGAUGUUGUAAAUGUGAAUAAUUGCCGAAAGUGUACAUAUAUAUUUGUAAAUUAUUGAAGUUUUAUAUAUUAAACUUGUGGUAUCUUGA